AUGGUACCAGUUUGCUCCAUGCAUUCUCCUUCCUCUUCGGUGCCUCGGUUUCCUACUAAACCACCACCAUCCUCACAGCUCUACAGCUAUUAUCACCUCAAUUAUCCCUCAGCCAGAACGAUUAGCUACAAGUCGUUGGUUCAGAUGAAUCAGCUGGCUGCCAACCUGGCUCGCCCGAGAGAUGUUGAAUGGACCUGUUGCCUGAUGGAUGAGCAGCUUUAUCCUGAUGCUUUUGAAGGGAAUCAAGCUGGCGCAGAGUCUAUAGCCCCUGCAACCGCUUCCUCAACCUCUUCUUCAAAUCUAUCAUGCAUCUCUUCUGACGGCUUCUUCUGCUGUCUUCUGUCUCCGGACGGCGGGCUUCGACUUGUUCGCAUUGGACAUGCUCAUUUGGCGUGGCCAGCAUCUAGCGCCGCCGGGAUCUCUAUAGCAUCAUCAUCAGUAGCUGUUGGAGCUCGUGGAUUUCGUGAUCCGGUAUCUGGUGCACCAGAAGCCUGGCCAUUAGGAGGGUCAUCGAAGCAGAUAAUCGGAUUUUCAGAAGAUGCUCCGAUGGUGGCGAUGGGGAAGGCAUUAGGCUCGUCUCAGUCACUCUACAACUGGAUCGUGAAUGGGCCAGUGCUCAACACGCCUGAGGCCACAGGUCAAUAG